UUCGCGACUUGAAUUCUGGCUUUGGCAGGAACAGUUAUGCUAACUUUAUCUUAUCUGGGGAGGAAACCUGUUCUGAUAAAGGACCCGCUAAAGAGGUCACCGCGUUGCAGGGGUGAAUAAAAAGUUAUGACCAUAUCCAUAGGUGUGGCUAGUGGUCUAAGCCGCGACCUUCCUUUGUUCGCGGCAGGGGCGCUGCGAGCGCUCGCCGGUCGCUCACUGCCGCAGUCGAGCUCGGCCAUUAUUCUGUGCGCGCGUGCCUUGCUUCAAUUCACCAGCAAAACUUUCUUACGUCAAAUCAAUGGAUAUAACCUAACACGCCGCGCACUCAGUUUCGUAUGAAAUGUGAUUGUUAUUGUGUCUAAAUGGCGUCUCUAAUGUGCCCGUAGUAGUGACGUGCAGUGCUACAGUUUGCAGUGUUAAUGAUGUAAUUUUUUUUGUGUGCCGUGUUGUGUUUAAAAAGGAGCAAUGAGUAUCCAAAAGUGUUUUCUGGAUAACUCCAGCAGGAUGAUAAAGGCAAUGUCAACUGCGAAGUCGAGCUCCAGCGAAGUGAAAACGGGCGUGCAAAGUGGCCUCAGAAAGGUCGGCCUGGCGAUGCUGUCAAUGUCGAUGGCUCUUGAUGACAGAAAGAAAAAAACCACUCGCAGUUGGAUAGAGAGCACGUUCCAAAAGCGCGAGUGUAAAUACUUCGUGCCGAGCGCCAAGGACGAGCAUGUGUGCUGGUGCGGUCUCAGCAGGACAGCCCAUGGCGCCAACAUCCCAGUGGCGACGCCCGGCGAGGCGUGGAUGCCGGCGCGGCAUACUCAGCCGGCGCCAACGGACGCCUAUGGGACUGUGGAGUUCCAGGGUGGACCGCAUCCUACUAAAGCACAGUACGUCCGCCUUGCCCACGACACGCGCUCCGAGCUGAUAGUCCAACUGCUGACGCGAGAAUGGGCCCUCGACCGGCCCAAGCUGCUCAUCACCAUCCAGGGCGGCAAGGCCAACUUCGACCUGCAGCCCAAGCUGAAGAAGGUGUUGAGGAAAGGCCUGCUGAAAGCCGCUAAGACCACGGGAGCUUGGAUUUUUACGGGGGGCACUAAUACUGGUGUGACGCGACAAGUGGGUGACGCACUACAACUGGAACGCUCACAACGGGCCGGCAGGGUCGUCAGCAUUGGCAUAGCUCCGUGGGGCAUCGUCGAAGGGGCAAAUGAUCUUAUAGGCAGGGGCAGAGACGUGCCCUACCAUGCUAUGGCUUCACCAAGAUCGAAGCUCGCGGUGCUGAACAACCGGCAUGCGUACUUCCUAUUGGUGGAUAACGGCUCUGUGGGGCGCUACGGCGCGGAGAUCGUGCUCCGGCGCAAGCUGGAGAAAUACAUCGCGGCACAGAAACUACAUCCUUACACACAUUCAUCAACUCCCGUGGUCUGCCUGGUCAUAGAGGGCGGCACGAACACGGUCCGCGCGGUACUGGAGUACGUGACCGACACGCCGCCCGUGCCCGUCGUGGUGUGUGACGGCAGCGGCCGCGCGGCUGACCUCAUCGCGUUUGUACACAAAUAUGCGUCGGAAAGCGGCGAGCAGACGGUCCUGGAGUCCAUGCGGGACUAUCUGAUCGGCACCAUCCAGAAGACCUUCGAGGUGCAGCUUCAGCAAGCAGAGUGCCUCUACAGCGAGCUGCUGCAGUGCACCAGGAAAAAGAACUUGAUCACGGUGUUCAGGAUCCAAGAACGAGCCGAAGGCGGGGAAGUACAGGAGCUGGACCAGGUCAUCCUAACAGCACUGUUCCGGGCACAGCACUUGUCUCCCAGCGAGCAGCUGUCUCUGGCUCUGACAUGGAACAGGGUGGACAUCGCGCGGUCGGAAAUCUUCGUGUACGGACAGGAAUGGCCUCCAGGUGCUCUGGACGAAGCCAUGAUGCAGGCCCUGGAGCACGACCGCAUCGACUUCGUGAAGCUUCUGCUGGAGAACGGCGUCUCAAUGCGCAAGUUCCUCACCAUCCCUCGGUUAGAAGAAUUGUACAACACCAAGAGCGGACCCAGCAACACUUUACGGUACAUCCUGAGAGACGUGCGGCCCCAUCUUCCGAGGGGCUACGUGUACACUUUACACGAUAUAGGGCUUGUGAUAAACAAGCUCAUGGGAGGUGCUUACAGGUGCUACUACACGCGGCGGAAGUUCCGUCCGAUCUACGCGAAAGUCAUGAAUAAGAGCGUCAACGUGCACCGCAACAGCGCGUCGUUCACCCGCCACCAGGCCGGCGGGCUGUCGCUCAUCACCGGGUUCAUGCCGGUCACUACAGAGAUGGCGCUGUUCGACUACCCCUUCAACGAGCUACUGAUGUGGGCAGUGCUUACGAAACGCCACCAGAUGGCGCUCCUCAUGUGGACGCACGGCGAGGAAGCGCUAGCCAAGAGCCUCGUGGCCUGCAAGCUGUACAAGGCCAUGGCCCACGAGGCAGCCGAGGACGAUAUGGAGACGGAAGUGUAUGAGGAGCUCAGGCAUUACGGGAAGGAGUUUGAGACCAAAGCUCUAGAGUUGCUGGACUAUUGCUACCGCCAAGACGAUGAUCAGGCCCAACAACUCCUAACCUGCGAGCUCCAGAACUGGUCUGGACAGACCUGCUUGAGCCUAGCCGUUGCUGCCAACCAUCGGGCCUUAUUAGCCCAUCCAUGCUCACAAAUCAUACUCGCAGACCUCUGGAUGGGAGGGCUUAGAACCAGAAAGAACACCAGCCUUAAGGUCAUUCUGAGUCUGCUGUGCCCCCUGUACAUCCUCCAACUCGAGUUCAAGUCCAAGGAGGAACUGCAGCUGAUGCCGCAGACUGAGGAGGAGCAUCUGGAGAAUGAGAGUAUAGAAGACGACCGCAGUACUAAGGAUCCGAACGAUGCUGAGGUUGGCGUAGUGAAACGGAGAACGCUCUCUAUCAAGAAGAUAAUACCGCCUGGGCAGCAGAGUAAAACCAAGCAGGCAUUGAUUGGCUCAGGAGAAUGCGACACGCGCGUCGAUCAGAACGGGAAAGUGGGUAAAAUAGGGUGGGAGCCGUCAUACCGGGAGCUGCCGGAGUAUCACGCGCCGGAGGACAAGCGCAUGCGGCCGCUGCGGCUCAGGAAGAAGAUCUAUGAGUUCUUCACGGCGCCGAUCACCAAGUUUUGGGCUGAUUCGAUCGCCUACAUAUUGUUCCUAUUGAUGUUUACAUAUACAGUAUUAGUCAGGAUGAGCCAUACGCCAUCUUGGCCUGAGAUUUAUUCUAUAUGUUAUAUAAUAACGUUUUUAUGUGAGAAAGUAAGAGAAAUCGUUACGUCCGAACCUGUUGCUAUUAGACAUAAGUUCAGCGUGUGGGCAUGGAAUAUGUGGAACACGUACGACGCAGGCUUCAUCAUAUUCUUCCUGGUGGGCUUGACGCUGAGGCUGCGCGUGAGCUCGAUGGACGUCGGCCGCGUCAUUUACUGCGUCGACAUCAUCUACUGGUACUUAAGGAUACUGAACAUAUUAGGCGUAAAUAAGUACUUAGGACCUUUAGUCACAAUGAUGGGUAAGAUGGUGAAAAACAUGAUAUACUUCGUGGUGCUAUUAUUGGUGGUGCUAAUGUCGUUUGGGGUCGCGCGGCAAGCGAUACUCUACCCUGAUAAGGAAGCCAGUUGGUACCUCAUCAGAGAAGUAUUCUUUCAACCCUACUUCAUGCUUUACGGUGAAGUAUUCGCCGAACAAAUGGCACCGCCUUGCGGCGGGUUAAACCAGCCGGAGUGCCGGGUGGGCCACUGGGUGCCUCCAGUUGUCAUGAGCGUGUACCUCCUCAUCGCGAACAUUUUACUCGUUAACCUACUCAUAGCGGUGUUCAAUAAUAUAUUUAUUGAAGUCAACGGUGUGUCGCACCAGAUAUUCUUCCAACCAUACUUCAUGUUAUAUGGCGAGGUGUUUGCCCCGGAGAUCGAUCCCCCAUGCGGCUUGGGCGUCGACAUGGCCAAGUGCGUGACGGGCCGCUGGAUCACACCCAUCGUGAUGACGAUUUACCUUCUCGUCGCAAAUAUUUUGCUCAUCAACCUCCUUAUUGCCGUCUUUAACAAUAUAUUUAACGAAGUCAAUGAAGUCUCGCAUCAGGUAUGGAUGUUCCAAAGAUUUACAGUGGUGAUGGAAUAUGAACGAAAGCCAGUCCUGCCUCCGCCACUAAUAAUUUUUUGUCACAUAUACGCGACGUGCAAAUGGGUGACGAGAAAUGUCUCACACCAAAGGUUUCAGUACGAUAAUGGGCUGAAACUUUUCUUAGAGAAAGAAGAUAUGGAAAGGUUGUAUGAUUUUGAAGAAGAGUGUGUUGAAGGUUAUUUUAGGGAACAAGAGAUUAAAUUAUCAAAUUCUAUGGAAGAAAGAGUGAGAAACACAACUGAUAGGGUAGAAAAUAUCACAACUAAAAUGGAAGACUUAAAUCAAAAAGCUAAUUGCCAAAUACAGUCAGUACAGAGCGUAGAGUUUAGGUUGAGAAAAUUAGAAGACGUAGCAGAACAGACGAUGAAUCAUUUAGCUGUAAUACACCGGUUCAUGGCCACACACCCGUCCUUGGUAAAUCGAGGAUCCACGGACACGCUGGGACCACCGCCUCCGACCUUCCAAGCUGCUGGUGCAAGACUGAGAACGACUAGCGACAGAUCGGAGGUGCUGUCGGACAGCGACACGGGCCCCACGCGCUUCGUCGUGCGCCCCGUGCAGGAGGAGGACGAGCGAUCGCAACCCUCCGAUGACGAGAUGCCCCACUCUGGCCCAGAAGCCCCGGGCCCAGGAGAGAAGGACCGUGAUGGAGACUCCACGUCCACGUCCUCGGGAGGCAGUGGUGCUGGACCGGAGAUCACCGUCAUCAGACCGCAACCGCCCACACCGGCGCGACAGAGGAGUUCGGAAAGCAAUAGGACUGAACCUAGUGAGGAUAAACGAGUUCCAUCGAUAACUGAUGAUGCGUUCUUGGAAGUGAACGAGCCACCAGCAGACCUCGCCAGCCUUCGGCCUAGAACCAACACAGCCGGUACCAGGAGAACAGCUAACACUAGACGGAGACGGUUAUGGAAACAGCGUUCGGAAGGUGGCAACGACUGUGGCAUGGGAGGGCACUACUCGACGCAGCAUCUGGCUCCGAGGCGGCAGCACAGCCAGACACAUUCAGAGCCUGACAACUCCGGGGUUGACGCUGGCUCCCUUCAUAACUCUGUCACUGGCCAGCAGUCCGGCUGGGAAGCGACCGGCGGCGCCACCGGCAAGGGUUCAGGCCGGGCUCGGGUCGGUGGCGCACCGAGAUCUCUCCUUCUCGCCAUGCACGAGUACACCAGCAUCACCGAUGAGCUGGAGACAGUGUAUGGACUGUUCUCUCCGCCGCAUACGCCGAGAACCCCCAUCACAUCUCGCCUGCUAUCGCCCGCGAGAGCCGCCUCGCCCUCCAACCGCCGACGCCACGCCAGCGAAAUGUCCAACCCGGAAUUCGCUCUCUACAUGGAGAAGGAACAUCUGCGCGGCGCCGAGGAAGAUGACUACAUCAUUAUGGAGAACCUCAUUCAGCGACGCCUAGAAAUCGAGUCUGUGCUGCACAGAUACGACGAGGAGGCGGAGGGAGAGGGGGACGGCGAGGGGGAGGGAGGAGGUGGGAUCAGCAUCAGCGUGUGUGUGAACACGAGCGGGGAGGCUCCUCAGCCGGGGGCGCCGCCGCAGUCGACCACGCUGCUGACGGUCAAUGACCGCCGGUUGCCGCAUCAGAGACAUUCUCUGAGAAGAUCAUCAGCCAUCGACAGCAGGGAGCUGCCGAGUCCGUUGCAGCCACUGCUCGGAGACGAUGCUUGCGGAGAAGUGCUGUUGCCCGUGCCGACGAGGCAACCUUCAGGUGACACCAACGCGUCCAGCGACAUGUCUCUUUCGCACAUGGUGAGCGAGAACCUGCCGCCGCGGCCGUCCAUCGUGCUGGACUCGUCGCAGCUGCCGCGCCAGCGAUCCGCCGAGCAACCGCAGCCGCAGCCGCCGGGACCCGCGCGACCGGAGACCAUGUGCUAGAUGAUCGCCAUCCUAAAUGAACACAACAAUGCGCCAAUCAUCAAAAGAGACCCGGAAACCAACUUAUAAAAAAUAUUGAAGAAAACUGCGCAAAAGUAUUAAUCUUAUCAUAAUAAUAGAACACCAAAAAUUACUGUUAGUAUUUAAAUUACAUUUUUGAGAGGUUUUCCAUUUAGGGCCUUGUCGGAACCCCUUUUUCGGCGUUGAGCCAUUCGAUGUACUUACUCUUGACUGUCUGUCCCGUGUGAUCUAGUAUUAGACUGAAACUAACACUAUUCUAAAUCAAGCCAUAUCCUUUGUAAACUUCACUAAUUGUUAGCACGUUUAAAACUUUAGAUCGCUGUACAUUUGCUAAGCUCCUGAUUUGAAACCAUUAAUGUUCCAGUGUCUACAGUGCGACAUAAAAUAGUAGAAACUAAAUGAUGGCGCCACUUUCUUCGUAACUGUCACAUUUUUGACGUAACAUGACAACAAUUUUGUAUGGAAAUUGUUUAGUUCCAUUUUAUUUUAUUUCUACUCCUUCAUGUCGCACUGUACCUAUUCACUUCA